GGAAGAAGGAAACACUUCCUGGUCGACGGUAAUCCAAGCAGAGGCUCUCAGGGCUACUCGAUUUUUUCUAGAAACAUCUGUAACUCGAGAGGACUUGCAAGAAUUUAAUCCAACACAAAUUGACGAGACAAGAUGACGACCACCAUCAGCACUCAGCGGGGACAGGUGUAUAUUGGUGAGCUUCCCCAGGACUUCCUGCGGAUCACUCCAACCCAGCAGCAGCAGCAGGUCCAGAUGGACGCUCAGGCAGCCCGGCAGCUGCAGUAUGGAGGUUCUAUGGGCACGGUGGGGCGACUCAGCAUCACUGUGGUCCAGGCCAAGCUGGCUAAAAACUACGGUAUGACCCGGAUGGACCCGUACUGUAGAGUCCGACUCGGCUAUGCAGUCUACGAGACACCGACUGCUCACAAUGGUGCCAAGAACCCGCGAUGGAACAAGGUGAUCCAGUGCACUGUGCCUCCAGGGGUGGACUCCUUCUACCUGGAGAUCUUUGAUGAGAGAGCGUUCUCCAUGGACGAUAGGAUAGCAUGGACUCAUGUCACCAUCCCAGAGGGCCUGAGAGAUGGAAGCGUCGUGGAUGAGUGGUUCAGCCUCAGCGGCCGGCAGGGGGACGACAAGGAGGGCAUGAUCAACCUGGUCAUGUCUUUUGCUUCCUUACCAGCAGGAAUGAUGACUCAGCCUGUUGUUCUGAUGCCCUCUGUGUACCAGCAAGGAGUAGGAUAUGUGCCCAUUGCAGGAGUGCCUGCAGUCUACAACCAGGGUAUGGUACCCAUGGGAAUGCCAGCAGCCAUGCCAGCUGUUGGAGUCCAGGGACCAGUGUGCAGCGAGGAGGACCUGAAGGCCCUUCAGGACAUGUUCCCAAACCUCGAUAAGGAGGUGGUUCGCACUGUGCUGGACGCACAGCAGGGCAACAAGGACGCUGCCAUCAACUCUCUGCUGCAGAUGGCUGAGGAGCUCUAAACGCACAACACAAGCUCGUAGCAGACACACUUAGUGACUCAUGCACAUGCGCGCACACACACACACACACACACACACACACACACACACACACACACACACACACACACACAAAUGCACGUAUGGAGCUUGGUUGUCUCAGAUGACACACAGCUGUUUGUCAGACUGACACUGGACCCUGAAAGCAACAAAUGUGUUCACUCUUGGUGUUUAGAGGCUGUUAUCCAAGGCCCUGUUUCCACCUGGCAGUAACAUGCUGGCCUUAUUAGUACAGAGGUCCAAAUGUGUUAGAAUCAUUCUCCACCUUCCCCACACGUACCACAUGUCAUUUUCAUGAUAUAUACAAUUUAAAAUGACAUCAAUUCAUUGGAGAAUAUAUGAUGCACAGUCACAGCAGACAUUGAAUAUGGAUACAAAAAUCAGUUUGUUCAUGGUGUCUAAUGUUUCUUUAUAGUUGAGCGGGUUAUAAGUGAAGUGUACAGAUGACACUGCAGCCUCUGUUGGCUGAGAGGUUGAUAGAUCUGCAUUUAAACCAUGAAACAACUGUAUCCUCACUGGUCAUGCUUAAUAUGGUUUCAUUGAGCAGAUAAUAUAUUAUUUAAAAGAAACGACCACAUGCCAAGAGUAACAUAAGGAAUAAUUCAACGUUAAAGGUGUGUUCAGACCAAAAGUGAAUUCAUUCUAUGUAUUAUGCAGAUUUGCAUAGUUCCUGUCGUUCAUGUACACUUAACACUUUGUUUUUUUUAAAACUCAAUCUUGAAAUUAGUGUUAGCUAAGCUGUAUCUUUAAAGACUAUAAGCUCAGCUGUUUUCCCUGACAUCCUACAAGAUGGCUUUAGAAAUUGUCAAUCAAAACUCCAAUCAAAAACAGAAAAACAUAAUUGCAGACAGAACUAAAAAGCUGGAAUUUCUUUCUUUAGAAAUCUGUGUCAUGAUGUAGUUAUGUCGGCAUUCUUUUAACCUGUUAAUUGUAAUGAAAUCACAUUAUUUUGGGUUCAUUUCAGCCGACCUGAGACUUGUUGAUACAUUGAAACUGUCACUCAGUGGAAACAAAUAGACGGGCCGUCUACAGGAAAAACAGAACGCCGGUAGUUGGUGUCUCUCAGAGAAAUCUUGGUACUGAUCCUGACUAACAGGAAACUGGAAACUGGUCGGCCCCAAGUAGCUGGAAGCAGCAGGAAAGUGCAUCCAGACACAGGAGGAGGGAAACUCUAGGGCAGAACACACAUUGUUUGGUUAAAUAUAUAGAGUGGGGUUGUGUUGAAACAAUCAAAUAUUCACAAAUGAUUCCAAAUUUGCUUCCCUUUGGUCUGAACCAGCCAGAAAUAGAAGAAAGGUCCAAUAGAAUAAUCAGCAAAAAUGACAAGGACAGUUAAUCUGUCAUUCACUGACAAUGGUUGUCAUGGUUACGGGGACUAAGCAAUCUUAUAAUGCGGCUCUGGACAAAAUGUAUGUAACAUGUUGCAUUCUUUCAAUGUGCCCUUAAUGUGUCUCGGGUGUGUUUAAACUCCUCCUUAAAUCUGUCUUAUGAUGAACAGGUGUAAACAGGGCCUAGGCUAAAAAUAUUGCAGAUGUUUGUGGAAAAUUCUUUUGUCUUGGCAAAAUCACUAACAUUGUUAUCAGCAACAUAUUGAGUUUGCAAGAGUGUUACUUGAUGGGUUCUGUAAAUGUUACCUGACCAAAUCAUAUAGGAUUCCACAUGAUCCUUCACUGUUUCCAUAGCAAACUUACCUAAAGUCAGGAUUUGAUUGUCACUGGAUGAGUCAUGUUCAUUCCAUGUUCUUUUCACCUGGAUGUUGUUUUUAAUAAUAUGUGGAGAUCCUGCAGUGAGCUGCUCACCAGCUGCACAAUGUUUUGUGAUCUUACAUCGGAUCAAUUUAAAUGGAUGCACUAAAUAAUUUAGAAUGAUUUAACUUGACAAAAAAAGACAGACAGAGCAACACUUGAGGCAAUCAGGCUUGGAAGAAGUAUCCCCCCCCAACAACAUAAAGAGUCACUAUUCAGAGAUGUAAAAUAUCACUGUAAAAGUUUUAAGGUAAACCAGUGUUUCACUAAUGAAAUUGGGAUGUGAAAUCUGCAAACCUGAAACAGUUGGUUGAAGUUGCAAAGAAUACAGCUGACACAUCUGGAGUUUCUGCUCCUGCACAGAUGUCUGACCUCUUCUGUGAGACGUGCUUUGGAUGUUCAUGGCCCCCAGAGACAUGCUUUGUGAGGUUUUGAUGACAGCGUUUCUCUACUCUAGCACCAUCAACAGCACUGCUCAGGUGUGCAGUGUGAAGCAGGCGUGCUGAUUGAAGCAGAGCUCUAACAUGUUUAGCUUGAGUUUUUGUUGCGCUUAAAGUUUUCCCUUGGCGUCUGUAAAUGAACAGGACGUUUUUGUUGUAAAUCUGUCUGCCAAAGGUUUCAUCUAAGAAGCACUGUAUGUUGUGACUUAAACUUCAAAACGUACUUUGUUGAAAUUAUUUGAUCUAAGUUAUUUAAAUCUUCUCUCUUGUGAUUCUUUAUGCCAUUUUAAGAGCUGCAUUUGAAUAAAAGUCCAGGAGCUAAAUCCACAAACAUUGUGAGAAGCCUCUCUCUCUCUCUCUCUCUCUCUCUGAGAGCUAAUUUAGCUUAAAAAAAACAAGGAGUCCUAGUUUAGGAGUGAUUUAAGAACAUUCUCAGCGACUCUGAGCAAGGAAAGGACAGAAACCCUUCUCUUAUUGAGUCUCCUGUUUGCUUCAUAGGUAUGACAUAUUUUUCCAAAGCUUUGAUUGGUUGAUUAAAAUAAAGAAAUGCUCUCUCAGUGAUAAUGAAAUCAAUCGUAGAAUUGUUUCAGAACUUCAUUAAUUUACCUUGUAAUGAAUAAUUUUAAAUGUUUGAUAAAGCGUGCACACGUGUGCAGUAUCCUCUUCACAGGCUGGGAGUUAUUUAAAUGUAAUACUUAAUAUAAUUGAUAUCAAUAUGAUUGACAGUUGCAGCAGAUCUAAGUCACUGAUGCUGCCAAAUAUCUUAAUGUUUUGUCUUCUUUUGCUUCAUCUUCAUUUAUUCCGGUGAUAUUGUGUUGUUAUGUGCAUUGUCUCUAACAAGAUCUACCACAAACAUGA